AAUAAAUCUCAUCAUCACUUUGAAAUCCCAAAACACCAAGCAAAAAAAACAAAGCGAGACAAAAAAAAAAGAGAGAGAAAAAAUGGCUAGGGGAUCGUGGUUCUUCAUUAUCCUUUCGAUCAUCUCAUUGUUAGCAAAUAUGAUCAAUUCUCUAAAACUAGAUCGGCAUAGUUUUCCUGAUGAUUUCAUCUUUGGAACAGCUGCCUCGGCGUUUCAGUACGAAGGUGCAACAAAUGAAGGUGGCAAGUCUCCAACUAUAUGGGAUCACUUCAGCCGCACGUAUCCAGAAAGGACCAAAAUGCAUAAUGCUGAUGUAGCAAUUGAUUUUUAUCAUCGUUACAAGGAUGAUAUAAAAUUGAUGAAGGAACUAAACAUGGACGCUUUCCGAUUCUCAAUCUCGUGGUCCCGAUUAAUUCCCAGUGGAAAGCUAAAGGAUGGAGUAAACAAAGAAGGUGUAAAAUUCUACAAGGAUCUCAUAGACGAACUUCUUGCUAAUGACAUACAACCUUCGAUGACGCUCUAUCAUUGGGACCACCCACAAUCUUUGGAGGACGAAUAUGGUGGCUUUCUAAGCCCUAAAAUCGUAGAUGAUUUUCGAGACUUUGCAAGAAUUUGUUUUGAAGAGUUUGGAGAUAAAGUUAAGAUGUGGACAACUAUCAACGAACCUUACAUUAUGACUGUUGCGGGUUAUGAUCAAGGUAACAAGGCGGCUGGAAGAUGCUCGAAAUGGGUAAAUGAAAAGUGUCAAGCUGGCGAUUCGAGUACUGAGCCUUACAUUGUUUCACACCACACUCUUCUUGCCCAUGCCGCUGCAGUAGAAGAAUUCCGAAAAUGCAAAAAAACUUCGCAGGAUGGCCAAAUUGGGAUAGUACUGUCACCAAGAUGGUUCGAGCCUUACCAUUCAGACUCAACUGACGAUAAAGAAGCAGCUGAACGAGCCAUUGCCUUUGAAAUUGGAUGGCAUCUUGAUCCGGUCAUUCACGGAGAUUAUCCAGAGGUUGUAAAAAAGUAUGCGGGAAAUAAAUUACCUUCAUUUACUGCAGAAGAGUCAAAGAUGUUAAAAAAUUCAUCAGAUUUUGUCGGCAUAAAUUACUAUACGGCGCGCUUCGCUGCUCAUCUUCAUCACAUAGACCCUGAAAAACCUCGGUUCAAGACUGACCACCAUGUGGAAUGGAAACUGACUAAUCACAGUGGUCACAUCAUCGGACCUGGGGAAGAAAGGGGCUUCUUAUUUUCACACCCGGAAGGCUUACGGAAAGUUCUAAACUAUAUAAAAGACAAAUACAAUAACAUGCCAGUCUACAUCAAAGAAAAUGGAAUUAAUGACAACGACGACGGUACAAAACCAAGAGAAGAGAUUGUUAAAGACACAUUUAGGAUUGAAUACCAUAAGACACAUUUCGAAGAACUUCACAAAGCCAUAGUGGAAGAUGGGUGUGACGUGAAAGGAUACUACGCAUGGUCAUUGAUGGACAAUUUUGAAUGGGAACAUGGAUACACUGCUAGAUUUGGUCUGUACUAUGUUGACUUUGUCAAUGGUCUCAAACGUUAUCCAAAAGAUUCGGUCAAAUGGUUUAAGCGGUUCCUUAAGAGAUCGGUCGGAGUGACUAACGAAGAGGAGGUGAAUGAGAAGUCACGUGCCGAGGGGAAUAAGACUUUAUACGAACAAAAGUGUUUCGAAGAAUCGGCGGGUUUCUUUGUAUCUUUCAUGGCAACGAACCAGUCGAGGAUAGAGGAGGAGAAGAAUCGUUGCUCGUUUGAUUUUCCUCGUAAUCAUUUUGGUGUUUUGCAAGGAAUAGAGAACCCAUCGUCAUUUUAUUAAUUUUAAAUCUCUCUUAUGUUUUUGAAUUCCUUAUGGCUCAAUAUGUAGUUAUUUUUUUUUUUGCCAAUACUCAAUAUGUAGUUAUUUAUAAUUUAGCUCGUGUUGUAUAUGAACAUUUUCUUAAGGAAGAUGAAUGAAUGGAUCAUAUUUUCUUUUGGCUU